UUGGACCUUUUUAAUUUUCCGUCAUUUCUAACCGUUUAUCCCCACCCAACCUCUGAUUUUUUUUUCUUUAGACAUUUUUUGUCUGUUUUCUCUCGUUAUCACCUAAUCGCCACUCUUUUGAAUGGCUCUGUCGUCCGCCGUGCGUGUCAUUCAUAAGAAGCCGUCGUUUUUUCGGGUGGUUAGCUGACGUCUACGUGCACACACACGCAGGGCUAAGCUAACUGUGCUAGCGAUGAAGGGAAGUAUCGUCUCCUCCUCAUUUAGCUGAUCUGCUUCCCGUGUGCUGUGUUUGAUGAGGGUCUCCCUCAAACCGGGACUGAGUGACGGCGGUCUGACGGCGUUUCGAGGCUAACGGAUUGUCCCGGGACUCGGUCGAUUCGCUUCAGACUUUCCUGGAUCGCCAGCUGUCACAAUGAUGGACUUCGACAAUAUACUGGACCUCGCCUCCCAGAACCAGGGUGGGGGUGGUUCACAGAGGAGAUAUAGCUUACAAACUGGACCACCCAAAAAGGAUGCCAGGUCUAAAGGUGUAAAUCCUGCUGCUGUGCAGGCGCUGCUGAAGAAGAAAGGAAUGGAAGCCAAACAGAAAGAAAUGGAAAUGAAGAAACAAAAAGAUGAUCUCUUGGCCAAGAGGGUUGAGUUAAAAUCGGACCGUAAAGCACGCGCCAUGGCGUCCAGAACCAAGGACAACUUCCACGGCUACAACGGCAUCCCAGUGGUGGAAACUCCCAAGAAGAGGAGAACGAAACAAGAAAUGCAGCAGAGUAAUGCCAACGACGAAAGAUUCAGGAAUGACGCAAUCGACCCGGAGGAUGACGAGGAUAAUUACGAGUAUGAACAGACAGAUUCAGAGUCGGAGCAAGAGCCAGCACCGCUGAAAGCAGGAAGACCCGUCGGCGGUGGCAGCAGCAGCAGCAGCAGCAGCAAGCCCUCCUCUAAAAAAAACAGCGGACCUGCUCCGCCACCUUUGAACUUUGCUGAUUUACUCAAAUUGGCUGAGAAGAAGCAGUUUGAGCCUGUUGAACUCAAAACCAAGAAGGUGAAAAAGGAGGAGAGGCUUCGCACGGCUGAUGAGAUCAGGGAACUGGAGCUGGAGCGCAAGGCUAAGAGGCCAGAUAAAGACAAGGACUCCAAGUACGAGAGAGAGAGAGACAGCAAAUCUCAGUCCAGCUCCGGUUUGGUCAAAAAAAGCACUUUAGAGAAGGAGCAGAGGAACAUCAAACCACAGAAGAGUUCAGCCGAACGAACAGGUCUAUCGAAUAGUUCAGUAAAGAAGUCUCAUCCAGCUCAGUCGAACGAUAAAACCUUUUCCAAGUCCUCUGUUAAUGACAGAGAAAGAGAGAAAAUCAAGAAGUCUCACAGCGAUCGAGACAAAUCGAAGACUGGCGUGCCAAGUUCCUCUGGGGCCACAAACAUGAAAGUUCCUACGAAAGCCACAUCAUCUCAGGUGCCGACCAAACAAGUCGGCAUGAAGCCCUCAUUGAACCACAGACCCAGCACCUCAAGUGACCUUAGCUCAAGAAAGGAAAGCUCGUCUUUGCUCUCCAAGAAAGCUUCAGGAAUUCCUCCAACGAAGAAUUCUGGUCCCGCCGGCAGCGGCCAGAAGUCUCAACAUGGGAGCUCCCAGCAGGCCCGGCCAAGUCCGGCUGGCUCCUCCAAGCUAGGGCAGACAGUGGGAGGAUCUAAGACUGGAAAGGGAGAACCACUACGGCCUGGAGCGAACGCUGCCUUGAAAUCAAGCGGUAAUCCGAGACCUGCGUUGGGCGGCCCACCGAGGCCAGGAGGCCAGCCUCAGGCGAGGCCAGGAGGCAGUCCUCAAGCAAAACCCGGAGCUGUGCCACAGACCAAGCCCAAAGGAGUGGGUCUGCACGGGCAGCCCGGAGGUAGUGGAUCGCGACCUCAAGGAGUGGGACCGGGCCGGCCCAGUAGCGGAUUGGCAGGAUCGGGACGGCCGGGUAGCAGCACCGGGUCUGGACCUGGAAGACCCAAAUGCACUGUUGUGUCCGAGACCAUUUCGUCCAAGAACGUGGGUGGACCGAGACCCGGAGGUCCGUCUCGACCGGGAGAGCCACCCAGACCGGGGAUGCAGCCCAGACCGGGGAUGCAGCCCAGACCGGGGAUGCAGCCCAGACCAGGAAUGCAGCCCAGACCGGGGAUGCAGCCCAGACCCGGGAUGCAGCCCAGACCCGGGAUGCAGCCCAGACCGGGGAUGCAGCCCAGACCGGGAAUGCCACCGAGACCAGGGAUGCCACCAAGACCCGGGAUGGUACCCAGACCCGGGAUGAACAGACCACCAGUACCGAUGUUGCCGCCCAUCACAUCGGCCUACAAGAGGAAGUAUGAGGACGAGGAGGAGUACGACUCAGAAAUGGACGACUUUAUCGACGACGAAGGCGAAGACCAGGACGAAAUCUCAAAGCACAUCAGGGAAAUCUUUGGCUACGAUCGCAACAAAUACCAAGAUGAGAGCGACUAUGCACUUAAAUUCAUGGAGAGCAGCUGGAAGGACAUGCAGAAAGAAGAAGCUAGGAGCCUGCGGAUGGCAGUGCAGGAGGACUUGGAGGAGGAGAAGAGAGAGCUGGAAGAGCUGAAGAGGAGUGACGCCAAGAGGAGAAAAACCUGAAGCUUCUUCAGCCUUCACAUGAAAUCAGUAAAUUAAAGACGGACAGAGACUUGGCUCUUGAACCACUGACAGACCAGUGGCGGUGUCCUGCUGCUCUCUUGCUGCUUUUUUUUUUUUUUUUUUUUUUUUUUUUUUGUUUUAAAUCCCAGAGAGACUCGAGAAGAUUUAUCCAAGAGAAAAACAGAAUAUGCACUAAUGAUUUAGAUUUUUUUAACCUCAUCAAGCCCAUCUCCUGUUAUUUAUUUCCAUCGUGGUUACAGGUCUUAAAGCAGUCAUCUUUAAACAGGAGUUACUUUUUUGGACCAUACAUUAAACCAUAGUAAUGAGCUAUUUUCGAGUGGAAUUUGUUACAUACUCGUAUUUUUUCCAAACAAAACGGACUGUAAAGAAUCGUACAGGACAACACUGCAGUUUGGUUUGUGUAUUUAUCUUCAACUUAAUUACUGGGAGGAAAAAAAAUGCAUCAAAGGAUUUUAUUUAAUUGUUUUAAGUCUUAAAUAUGACAAUCUUUAAUGAUAUCUACAAUUCAUAAGUUCUACUACAAAUGUAGCAGAUAAUAUGACUUUAGGUUGUCCUUGAGAAUCAAUAAAAUCUUUUCUUGCCAUUGGUUGACAGGAAUUAGUCCUUAAUUUUUGAGUGUUUUCUGCGAUUUCAAGAGUCAGAUUUCCUGAAUUGUAACACUUGUGUCAACGGACGCUCGAGUGAGCUGUUCCAGUUACUAUAACUGGUGUGCAUCAAGCAAACGGAUCUGCAGUGCAAUUUAGUAAUGGAUAACAAUUCAAACAGUACAAGCAAAUUUUUUCCAAAUACGUUUCUUUAGAGUAGCAUACCCAACAGAGACCCGAGCUGAGAUAUCGGUGAUGGUGUCAGGGGGAGUUUGUCCUAACAUGUUUUUUGAGCAUUUCACUGUAUUUUGGACCAGAGGUUUUCAUUAAAAUUGGCUUUAUGUUCAGAUUGUAGACAUUUUUAUUCGUGUUUGUUUUUGGAAAAAUGCCAAAAAUAAAGUUUAAAGGUGAA